CACUACUCAUUCUCUGCUUUGAUUGAAUUGUUUCUUGGUGGAAGAACGUAAGAUCCACUGUCAAGCAAAAGGAAGUUGCCAAGGGAAGCAUCAUAUCUGUCACAUAUUACUCACAUAUGUGAGCCACCUGCCAUUAUUUUAUCAAGAGCAAGAGAAGAACAUCCCCAAAGUGGAGAUCUCAGCGUUGGUUUUCAACACAGGAGAAAAGAAGGAGUUUUUCUUCAACAAGUUGUGAAAAGAGAUCUUCACUCUUUCACAUUGAGGAGUUUGGAGGUCAAGUCCAGCCCUUCUGCUGUGUAUUUUGCAAAUAUCACAGCAGGCCCUUUUGCACAGGGAAACUGAAUUGUCUCCAUCUGCCUGGUGCCCACGUCUCACUUGGAUCAAAACGGUUUGCUAUCGUUUUCCAUCCCGAGUAGUAGGAGUUAUGGAUCACACAGUCAAGUGGGGAGCAUCACCACCCAAGUCCCGAAACCACAAGCUCUCUCUGCUCCUGAUGUUAUACACUUUUGUUUACUUCUGUUCCGGUUACAUACAAGUGACCAAGACAGUGAAAGAAAAAGCAAUACUUUCCUGCAAUUAUAACAUUACCACUGAUGAGCUAAAGCAAGUUCGUAUCUACUGGCAAAAGGAAAAGGAUCUUGUGCUGACAGUUGUGGAAGGAGUCGUCAAGGUGUGGUCCAAUUAUAAGAAUCGCACUAUCCAUAUCUUGUCUGACAACCCCUCCAUUAUGAUACUGGCUCUGCGCCUGUCAGAUAAUGGCAUCUACACCUGCGUCAUUCAGAAGAUGGAAAGAGGAUCUUACAAACGAAAACACCUCAUGAAUGUGGUGCUGUCGGUCCGAGCUGACUUUCCUGAACCUAGUAUAAAUGACCUUGGGAACCCAUUUCCUAAGAUCAGAAGGAUAAAGUGCUCAACCUCUGGAGGUUUUCCAAAACCUCACCUCUCCUGGUGGGAAAAUGACAAAGAGUUAAAUGCCACCAACACAUCAGUUUCCCAAGAUCCUGAAACUGAACUGUAUUCUGUUAAUAGUGAACUGGAUUUUAAUGUGACAGACAGUCAUAACUUCACAUGUUUUGUCAAAUAUGGAAACUCAACAGUGUCACAUAACUACCACUGGCAAAAAAUUGACACUGACAGUGCAUUCAAUUUCUGGACUAUUUUGAGCAUAACAAUUAUAUUGAUAAUUGGAGCAGGAAUUUUUUGCAUUGUAAGAAAAUACCUGUACAACAUUUCAGAAGCCAUUCCUUCAACCAAGUGGAGGCUAAUACAGAAGAACAACUAUGCCUAA